AUGGGAACAGUCGUCAACUUUAAGUGGGAGGAGUUGGCGAGGGAGCAGCAUCACCAAGGUGACCUGCCAUCGGGCGUCAUGGUGAAAUUUGACGAUUGGCGUAUUGCCGGAACAAAGGACGGCUUAUUCGAGCUGAAACCUGUCGAUGUCGUGUACACCGGGAAACAAAAGCAGGAAAUCCAACGGCGGAUGCUUCCUAUUGUUCUUUGCUGGGCCGUGACCGUGCACAAGGUUCAAGGGAUCACCGUUGACCGUGCAGUGGUGUAUUUGGGAGCCGAGGUCUUUGCUCACGGGCAGGCAUAUGUUGCUCUCAGCCGGGUUCGCACACUGGAGGGAGUAGCGAUUGUGGCGCAGGACGAUAACAAAUUAAUGGCUCAACCGUCUGAAAAGUUACUUGUGGAGAUGGCUCGACUUCGUAGUUUGUAG